CAACAAUCUGUAGGUAGCACGUGUUGUUGACGUGGUUCUGAUUACCGGAUAUAGUUGUCUUUGGUUUAAUUUCCUUCUGCCAUCUUUGGUCUACGUGUUAAAGAAAAACGUCUGACCUCCAUCGCCAUGAUGAUGCUUCAUCUUAUGCUCUUUGUAUUUCUGUCAAAUAUCCUUUCCUUUGGUUGUGUGGACACUUAUCAGAUCCAGACCUUCGACAACAGCACAUUUUACCACACUAAACGGUCGUUUGCUGAUGGUAAAACAAAUUACCCAAUCCCUUACUCUGGGGAAAUUCGUUUUCCAAUGUACGACGGGAAAGAGGUUAUCAUUGAAGGAGUGAGAACGUCUUCAUCGAACAGGUUUAUAGUUGCGCUGUGCGAGAGUGCUAACUGCAACGCUGACCAACAAAUGCAUAUGAGUGUUCGGAAGAACACCGGACACAUUCACAUUAGUUCUAAAACAAACAACAUUUGGGGACCGGAGUACACGUUUGAAGCCUCGUCACUAAUGACUGGAACUGAAAUUAAAAUAAAACUCAUAAUACAUGACAUCAAGAUUAAGAUUUACUUUAAAGACGUUUUCCUUACAGCCUUGAGUCUACGAGGUGUAAACAAAGAAACAAUUAAAUACGUAUCAGUGCGUGAGGGUAUUUUUGUGGAAUGGAUACUGUACAGUAUAAACUUUCCUUUGAAAGAAAAAGAGAGCACAAGAUGGCACCAGUCCAUGAAACACCUGUUAGAGCCAGCACAGCUUGUAUCCAAGCACAUUGGAGUAAAACAGAGCAACCAUCAUGCACGCUGCUGUACACCUUGA